AUAUUAUAAGAAAUUUAUUAUAUAUAAAUAUAUAUAUAUACAAACAAUUAUAUUAUUGCUGGAUCAAUAUGGAGGCUUCUCCAAGGUUUAAAAUAGUAGCUUUUCUCCUCUUGGUUAGCAUUGUCCAGCUCUCCAAUGCCCAAACCAUUUGCAAAGUCCCAAUCAAUGGCCUCAUGUCCUGCAAGCCGGCCGUGACCGCUCCGAACCCUAAGCCGCCGUCCACCACUUGCUGCGCGGCGCUGACGAACGCCGACCUCAACUGCCUCUGCUCAUACAAGAACUCACAGCUGCUGCCCUCCCUCGGAAUCGACCCGAAUCUUGCCAUGCUGCUUCCUCAGAAGUGCAGACUUUCCCAUUCGGCCAAUUGCUAGACAAAAAUCAUGUAUUUGUGUACAAGAAAUAAAGUGUAAAGUUGCUCAAACUUGAAAAAUGCUUAAAUUCUCCUAAGCAUUCCAAGUUGCUAGCUUCUUUAUAUAUUUAAAUUAUGCGGAUCGUAAGCAUUUUAAA